AUGGCGGCGUGGGACCUGUCCAUCACAGUGGAGGACCUGGGGCCUGACGCCCCACCUGUCAGCCUCAGUGUGACAUCUGACCUCCACUUGGGAGGCGUCAUUCUCAAGCUGGUGGAGAAGACACAGAUCAAGCGUGACUGGUCCGACCACGCACUGUGGUGGGAACAGAAGCAGCGAUGGCUGCUGCGGGCAUCCUGGACGCUUGAGAAAUAUGGUAUUCACGCCGAUGCCCGUUUGGUCUUCAUGGUCCAGCAUAAACCCUUAAGGCUGGGCCUACCCAACGGUGUCACCGUGAGGCUUAGUGCCUGCUUCUCCAACCCCGUCUUUCAGACUGUGAUGGGGAUCUGCACGUUGCUCAACAUUCGUCACCCAGAGGAGCUCUCACUGCUUCAGCCUGUUGAGGAGAAGAAAAAAAAGAAGGAAAAAAAUUCAACAGAGGAGAUUUUUGACCUGACUGCAGUGCACCUCUCAACAGCAUCCCGGACCACUUUGUACAACGGGAUACCUGCUCAUUUUGUCGGCUCGCCUCAGUUGGAAGUUAUCUACAAGAUGCUGUCAGUCCCUCAGCCGUCGCCUGCCCCUGAAGUCAUCGCCAAGCAGUAUCGUCCAGCCAGCGUGGUGGACAAGGCCCACAUCCACGGCAGAUGGUUGGAUUCGUCCCGUUGUCUCAUGCAGCAGGGCAUCCGAGAAAAUGACACACUCUGGCUUCGCUUUAAAUAUUUUGCCUUCUAUGAUAUCGAACCUAAGUACGAUGUAGUGCGUCUGACGCAGCUGUAUGAGCAGGCUCGUUGGGCCAUCCUGUUGGAGGAUAUUGACUGCACAGAGGAGGAGAUGAUGCUGUUUGGAGCUUUGCAGUACCACAUCAGCAAGGUGUCGCAGUCAGAGCCUGAGAUGGCGAAAUCGGCAGCUGCCAUGGAUGACCUGGAGUUGGCACUUCAGUCCCUGGAGGUUAAGAUGGAGGGCGAGAGCAGCUCUGCCGCUGAGAUGCUAAAUAACAUGACUGCACCAGAACUGAAUGAUUACCUGAAGAUUUUCAGGCCAAAAAGGUUGACCUUGAAGGGAUACAAGCAACAUUGGUUCAAAUUCCAGGACACAACCAUCUCCUAUUUCAAGAGCAAAGAGGAGAGUAUUGGGGAGCCGAUUCAACAGAUUAACCUCAAAGGCUGUGAAGUGGCACCAGAUGUUAACGUGGCAGCUCAGAAGUUCCUCAUCAGGCUGCUCAUACCAGUCCCUGAGGGCAUGAACGAGGUCUACCUCCGCUGUGAAAAUGAGGAGCAGUACGCCCGGUGGAUGGCUGCAUGUCGCCUGGCGUCCAAAGGCAAGAGCCUGGCAGACAGCAGUUUCCAGAGCGAAAUAAAUGGCAUCCGCUCUUUCUUGGCGAUGCAAAACACCAGCUCAAGUUCUCAUAGCAGCACAACCGCGACCGAUGAAAUCAUAAACACCCACAGUUUGGUGUCACCCCGCUACCAUAAGAAGUACAAAACCAAACAGCUGACCCCUCGUAUCCUGGAUGCCUACCAGAAUGUGGUGCAGCUCUCACUGGUUGAUGCAGUCUCCCGCUUUCUACAGAUCUGGCAGGCCCUGCCCGACUUUGGCCUCUCAUAUGUAGUCGUCAGAUUCAAAGGAAGCCGUAAAGACGAGGUACUAGGCAUUGCUCCCAACCGUCUGAUCCGUAUCGACCUGGGUGUGGGCGACGUGGUGAAGACCUGGCGUUACAACAACAUGAAGCAAUGGAACGUCAACUGGGACAUUCGACAGGUUGCCAUUGAAUUUGAGGGGAACAUCAACAUCGCCUUCAGCUGCGUGACAGCUGACUGCAAAAUUGUUCAUGAGUUCAUUGGCGGCUACAUCUUCAUGUCGACGCGCAGUCGCAACAAGAGCGACAAGCUUGACGAGGAGCUCUUCCACAAGCUGACCGGCGGACAUGAGGCGCUCUAG